CGACCCAUUGAGGCAACGCUUCAAAAGCGCGUCUUUUUCUGAAUUCCACUUCCAACGUUGGCUUCGUCAUCAAGUAACCCUAGAUUCUCUGUUCCACGAAUCGACCAUUUCGGAGCGCACGAAUUCUCUUCCUCUUCGACAUACUUCGCAGAUCUGUCUUGUUCGGCGUUUUGGAGAGAAUCUCUGUUCGUCUUACGAUUAGGUUUUUCUGUGUGUCUCAUCUCUUGGAACCCAUGUCUUUUUCCGACAUCGGAUCGUUCUCUAAUGGUGGAGACCAGAAGAAUUUCAGGCAAAUCACUCAUGGAAGACUGCUGCAUGAAAUGCUUAGGCCUGAGAAAGCCGGUAGCUCGAAAUCAUCUUGGAAGGUGCUUGUCAUGGACAAGCUCACAGUCAAGAUAAUAUCAUCUGUCUGCAGAAUGUCUGAGAUCACACAAGAAGGUGUUACAUUGGUAGAGGACAUUUCUCGGCACAGGCAGCCAAUGACUUCCUGGGAAGCCAUCUACUUUAUUCAGCCAACUGAGGAGAAUGUGGCCAUGUUUUUGUCAGAUAUGACCGGGAAAUCACCUCUAUACAAGAAGGCUUUUGUGUUCUUUAGUUCACCUGUUUCAAGGAGUCUGGUUGCUGUCAUUAAGAAGGAUAUCAGAGUGAUGAAACGCAUUGGGGCACUGAAAGAGAUGAAUUUGGAAUACAUCACGGUGGACAGCCAGGGGUUUGUAACGGAUUAUGAAAAUGCCCUCGAAGAACUUUUCUGUGACGAGGAAAAUCCGCCAUCUGAUGCAUGCUUGAAUCUGACAGGUAUCCGCAUUGCUACAGCUUUGGCGUCGCUAAAGGAAUACCCCUUUGUACGAUACCGUGCAGCCAAAGCCCAUGAUGCCACAAAAAUGACGACUUUUCGGGAGUUGAUUCCUACAAAGCUUGCUGCUAUUGUGUGGAACUGUCUUGCGAGAUACAGACGGGCGAUCGAGGGUUUUCCUCAGACCGAAACAUGUGAGCUGCUUAUCCUAGACCGAUCCAUAGAUCAGAUCGCACCUUUCAUUCACGAGUGGACAUAUGAUGCAAUGUGCCAUGAUUUGAUUGAAAUGGAAGGGAAAAAAUACACACACGAGGUUCCGAGUAAAACUGGUGAUCAUCUUGAGAAGAAAGAGGUUCUCCUGGAUGAAGAUGAUCCUAUUUGGAUGGAGCUUCGAGAUGUUCAUAUAGCAGAUGCCAGCGAAAGAUUGCACGAGAAAAUGACAACCUUUGUGUCAAAGAACAAAGCUGCACAGAUGAAACACAGCUCAAGAGAGUUUGGCGAUCUUUCAUCAAACGACUUGAGGAAGAUGGUUCAAGCCUUGCCUCAAUACAGUGAGCAAAUCGACAAGCUUUCUCUUCAUGUAGAGAUUGCUGGAAGAAUCAACAGAACUAUCAUGGAAUAUGGCCUUAGAGAACUCGGUCAGCUCGAACAGGAUCUUGUCUUUGGGGACGCGGGAAGAAAGGAUGUUAUCAAGUUCUUGAACUCGAGAAAGGAAAUAAGCCGCGAGACCAAGCUAAGACUACUGAUGAUUCUUGCAGCAAUUUACCCCGAAAAGUUCAAAGGUGAAAAGGGUCGAAAGAUGAUGGAGCUAGCAAAUAUGUCUAGUGAUGAUACAGAGGCUGUGAACAAUAUGAGAUUACUCGGACCAGUGUCUGCAGAAACCAAGAAGAUCUCAUCGGGAUCUUUCUCCCUUAAGUUUGAUGUUCUUAAGAAGAGACGAGCUGCAAGAAAAGACAGGAAUGGCGAAACUCAAAUGUGGCAGCUAUCGCGUUUUUACCCGAUCAUCGAGGAACUUGUUGAGAAACUUAGCAAAGGGGCAUUGUCGAAACACGAAUACCAGUGUAUGAACGAGCCAAAACCGAGCAUCAUCUCUCACGGUGGAUCUCAAUCUGCAUCAGCGAGUCCGAUCUUGCCUCAUUCAAGGCGAACACCAACGUGGGCCACACGACGUCUUUCCGACGAUGGGUACACCAGUGACUCGGUUCUAGGACGUACAUCGAGCAGCUUCAAUAAAAGGACGGGGCCACGAAUUUUCGUGUUCAUUGUAGGAGGAGCCACCCGAUCCGAGCUGAGGGUCUGCCAUAAACUUUCAGAGAAGCUAAACAGAGAAGUGAUCUUAGGCUCCACCAGCAUCGACGAUCCAAAGACAUUCAUCACGAAGAUGAAACGGUUGGACAAAGACAAGGAGCUGUCACUGGACGAUCUCGACAUAUAAAACCUGUAUGUAUAUAUAUAGUUUAUGCAUCUCACCAAUUUUCUUUAGGAAAUAAAUAAUAAUGAUAAUAAUGGAUGAAUUAUAAGAUAACAUCCAAUGUAGAUUAAGUUAUUUGUUCGUUGGCUAAAUAAAGUUAUGAUUCCAAGAU